CAUUGCCAGAGGAGCAGGUAAGAAGCUGGAGCAUACACGCAGUGUCCAACAACAACAACAAAAGACACUAACCACAACAACUGUCUCCUGAGGUCCAUCCUAGGAAUGAGCCAUGCUGGCCUACUCUGUAACAUCCUCUGGCCUGUUUCCCAGAAUGCUCUGGGCCCUCCUUCUACUGGCAGCCUCCCUGAAUGCCUAUAACGAUGUCUGGGACAAACCUUGUUGCACUGCGCGUGAAGUGUCUGUAAACAGAGGCAGCCGCGUGGUGAUGGCCUGUAAUAUCUCCAACAACCUCAGAGACGUCACCAUUGAGUUGAUUACCAGUGAAAAGACUAGCAUCAUCUUCAAUCAAACACCUCCAGGAAACUACUCUAAGGAUUCAUGGCAGCUUCAUAUUCAAGGAGGCCAGGCCCAGCUGGUGAUCACAGAUGCUCAGGGCAAACACUCAGGGGAGUACUGGUGGAAGCUGCGUGGAUUCCAGGCAGAGUUCAAAAACUUCACCCUGACUGUUAAUGCUGCAGACAGACAGAAGACAGAGGACUUGCCAGGCACUAAGGUCCCUGAUAAGCCCUCAACUGCAGUGUGGACAGAAGUUAUCAUCAUCGCCAUCGCUACCAUCAUCAUCAUCACAGGAAUCGGUGUAUUCGUUUGGUACAAGCAAUUCCCUGUAGCUCGACAGAUACAAAUUUCAGUACCUUGUCUGAUUCAUGGGUCUCCUGGUAUCCCCUACCUGACACUGCCCCCCUAAAGUCUCUCAAUUCCUGCCUCAAAAGAUACUCAAGGGGCCUUAUUAGCUCCAAACAUCAGGCUACAGAGAACCUCACCUGGCUACGGCUGACAAUCCAAGCCCUGAUUGACAAGAUCACAGGAACUCUCUGUCUCCCAAGCCCUCAUUUUGACCUUGGGACAGGUAGACGUCAGAAUGGGGUCUGUACUCCUCAGGUUCCUCCCAAGACUCCAGGACAAUUUGCACUGAGGACGGCACUGUGGUUUUUAACUGAGGAUACCCUGGAAGUUGUCUGAGCCCCUCCUGUACUCAAAACGUAGACUCUGUUGGGACUUGGGAGACAUCAAAGUAUUUCAGAAUAUCCCAA